GCAAAUUUAAAAGUAAAAUUGGUAUAAAUAAAUCUGCAUCUGCGACCCGAAAUUUAGUAAUCAUUUCUCUAUCGAAUCUGGUUAAACACGCGAAAAAAGAAUAAAAAAAAAUGUUCAAAUUUGUGGCUCUUUGCGCUCUUAUAGUCUGCACUCAAGCAGCACCAACAGACAAACCGAUUGAAAUCGAUUCAACAGUCGCUGAUGUCGGUUUCAUUGUAACGGACAAACCACUGUCACAUGAUCACGAAAUCGUUUCGGUUAAAACACUCCCAACGGAAAAGCGGGACAAACGUGAAGAUGAUUCGGUGUCAUUGCCCACAAACGAUAACAAGAGAACGCCUGCAUUAUCGCAACCGGAUUAUCAGGAAAACAAACCGCCAACCUUUGUACAUCCAGUUCCAGUUGAUCAAAUCAUUAAGAAUUCGAAUGCUUCGCCUCAAAUUCAUUCUAGUAAACAUGGUGAAGAAGAAACAGAAGAAAGAGAAGAAGCCGUAGAACCCGCAGAACAUACAGUCGAAGAAAAUGUUAAAUCGACAAACGAAAGCGAUGAUGCAGAACAGCAACCGAAGUCGAAGCCGAGGCGCGUGUACCACAAGCAUACAAUCAAAACGGAUUCUGAAGUACAUGAUGACAGUGAUAACCGGGAGGAGAGUUAAUUUUUUACUUUGUUGAAGCAAAAAAUAAAAAUUUUAAUUUUUU